GGCGCCUGUGAAUUUAUCACUUAGGCCCAUAAAAACAUGUAAUUUGAAGAAAGAGAACAAAGAAAUGAGAGAGUAUAAAAUCCCCUUGCGAGACACCUCUCCGCCAUUCAUUUCUUCAGCCCUUGCUAUCCCCCAAAGUGUGCUCCAGCCCAGUCAAACUGCGAGUCUGCUCCGAAUCAAAAGAUGAUGCUGCUUCCUUGGGUUUACUGUAGCGUCUGGGCAUAUCACCUCUUGCUCUGCAUUCAUUCUAUGCCAGUACUGGAGGGGAGAGCCAGCAACAGGUAUAAAGUAGUGGCGGGAUGGCCUCAAAAGACCCACAACUAUGGCCUGAAGAAGAGGGGCAGGUUGAGCCAUACUCAGGACAUGCUGAAGGAACGAUCGCGCCCGUCAGGAAGUGUCUAUCCAGAGACUGUGCUUCCAGGGAAUGGAACAGAGUUGGUCUGGAACCGGCCUCGCUGUGGCGUUCCAGACUAUCCUACUCAGAAGCAAGGUGGUGUCUUGGACUACCACAUGCGGAAGGGGGAAACCUUUGGAGGAAAGCAGCGUCAGAAGCGAUUCGUUCUCUUUGGGGGGCGCUGGGACAAGACUGACCUCACCUACAAGAUUAUGCGCUUCCCUUGGCAACUGAGUAAGGAGAAAGUGCGUCGAAUCCUACAGGAGGCGCUGCUUGUGUGGAGUGACGUCACGCCCCUGAAGUUCACCGAGGUCAGCAGUGGGGGAGCUGACAUCAUCAUCGACUUCACCAGGUACUGGCAUGGUGACAACCUGCCCUUUGAUGGUCCUGGAGGCAUUCUGGCUCAUGCCUUUUUUCCCAGAACCCACCGGGCAGGCGACAUCCACUUUGACUAUGACGAGAGUUGGACUGUGGGCAACAGCAUGGGCACGGACCUCUUGCAGGUGGCGGCCCAUGAGUUUGGCCAUGUUCUUGGCCUCCAGCACUCCCUGGUCGACAGAGCCGUCAUGUCCCCCUUCUACAGCUUCUCAUACCCUUUGGAGCUGAGUGACGAUGACAAGCAGGGCAUCCAAUACCUGUACGGCCCACCGCGGAAAGCCAAGCCUGUCAUCACAGAGACCAAUGAGAUCGAAACCACUGUGCCAGACCCCUGCAGGACUAACUUUGAUGCAGUGUCCAUGAUCAGAGGUGAGUUGUUCUUCUUCAAGUCCUGCUAUGUGUGGCGUAUCCGCGACGGCCGACUGCAGGCGGGGUACCCGGCGCUAGCAACGCGCCACUGGAGGGGGAUCCCCGACAACAUUGAUGCGGCCUACGAAGACAAGACUGGAAACAGCUGGUUCUUCCAAGGUGACAGUUACUGGGUGUUUGACGCAGAAAGGAAGAUCACAGGGCCGGACACGUUGAGUCGGCUGGGCCUCCACGUGUCGGACAUCCAGGCAGCCCUCAUGUGGGGCGAGGACAAGGCCCAGAAGACUUACCUCUUCAAGUCGGGAACCUACUGGCGCUUCAGCCCCCUGGAGAACCGGGUGGAGACAGCCCACCCACGCAGCAUGCAGGACUGGGGAGGCAUCCCCAUGGACAUCGACGCUGCCUUCCAGGACCAAUAUGGAUAUGCUAAUUUCCUGAGUGGGAUGCAGUAUUGGAAGUUUGACCCGGUGGAUGUGACGGUUCUGGAAGGAUACCCACGCUAUAUCGGCAUGGACUUCUUUGGCUGCCCACUUCCUAUUAUCGAUAAAGCCCAUGAAGAGUCCAUAUCGCCCGAAGAGGUGAAUGGAAUAUCACGACCAAAUUAAUUUGUUUGCUCUUAAGAUUGAUGUCACUACAAUGGGACUUUAUACUGAUAUAAUUACAUCAUUGCGUAACAUCAGCAGGUUGACUGCAGCUGUUGGUCUAAUAGAGGUGAGGACUUGGUUGAAACUUUCAUUAGGAACCCAGUCUGAGGUCCGUGGCUGUCUGAAGACCACUAGAAAUUGAGGUCAUAUUUCAACAGAUGAAUUGGGUAUAUUUCAUUCUAUCAUCAUCCACAAUAUGAUAUUUUCUGGUGUAAAACCAAUGCACAGUCUUUCAGAGAUACGUUAAAGAGCACACGGACAGCUCUGCUGAAUAUAUAUAUAUUUUUACUUGAUGUAUAGCCUUUAUUCUUAUUUUUUUUUUGUCAAAUGUUUUUGAUCCACAGAUGAGUCUCAAUAAUGUUUCUGUGCAGUUCCUCUUUCUUUCAUGCCAUUGUUUAUCAGGUGUAGCCGUGUAAAUCUAUUUGACAGGGACCCACAUUUUCUCUCCAGCCUCAUUGAGCAUUCUAUUUCACACACAGGUGUUCAAACAGACUCAACGAGGAAGGUACACAUUUGUACCUCAAAUAAAGUGCUUUGCCUUUAACAGUUAAAGGUUACAUUACACUCCAAAAUCAAAGUUUGUCAGAUGUUUUGAUACCUUAAAAGUAGUGUCCUAGGUCUGACGCAUAUUUUUAUUUGACCUUUAACUAGGCAAGUCAGAUAAGAACAAAUUCUUAUUUACAAUGACGGCCUAGGAACAGUCGACGCUGGGCCAAUUGUGCGCUUCCCUAUGGGACUCCCCAUCACGGCCGGAUGUGAUUCAGCCUGGAUUCAAACCAGGGACUGUAGUGAUGCCUCUUGCACUGAAAUGCAGUGCCUUAAACCACUGUGCCACUCGGGAGCCAAUAUAGCUAAAGGGUUGUGAAUUCAUCCUGACUUUAGACAAACUUUGAGGCCUGAAGACAUGACAAAGUUUAUUUUGGAGUGUAAUGUCCCUUUAACACAACAUUGAUAUGAUGAUUUUACAGUGGUGGAAGCCAAGCAUCGCAUAUCAGUUUUCACAGUGAUACCUCAUCAGGUAAAACGUCCUUCAUGUUCUUCUCUGACUACUCCAAGAUGGUAAACUUUAUUCAUAUUGUAGCGUGUAGCCAUUUGUCAUGCAGCUAGCGUCAAUGAAAAAGCCAUUUGGUGUUGCAGUGUAUCAGUGCAGGCCACUGAUACCAUUUCCUCACUUUUUUAUACAUUGUGAUCAAUCAAUCAAUCAAUGAUAUUUAUUUACAAAGCCCUUCUAACAUCAGCUGAUGUCAGAAAGUGCUGUACCGUAACCCAGCCUAAAACCCCAAGCAGCAAGCAAUGCAGGUGUAGAAGCAUUGCGGCUAGGAAAAACUCCCAAGAAAGGCCAGAACCUAGGAAGAAACCUAGAGAGGAACCAGGCUAUGAGGGUGGCCAGUCCUCUUCUGGCUGUGCCGGGUGGAGGUUAUAACAGAACAUGGCCAAGAUGUUCAAAUGUUCAUAGAUGACCAGCAGGGUCAAAUAAUAAUAAUCACAGUGGUUGUAGAGGGUGCAACAGCACCUCAGGAGGAAAUGUCAGUUGGCUUUUCAUAGCCGAUCAUUCAGAGUAUCUCUACCUGUCCUGCGGUCUCUAAUAGAGGUCGACCGAUUAAUCGGAAUGGCCGAUUUCAAGUUUUCAUAACUAUCGUAAAUUGGUAUUUUUGGACACCGAUUUUGAUGAUUUUUUAAAAUAUAUUUUUUUACAACUUUAUUUAACGAGGCAAGUCAGUUAAGAACACAUUCUUAUUUUCAAUGACGGCCUAGGAACGGUGGGUUAACUGCCUUGUCAGCUCAGACAGAUUUUUACCUUGUCAGCUCAGGGAUUCAAUCUCGCAACCUUACGGUUAACUAGUCCAACGCUCUAAUCACCUGCCUCACGAGGAGGCUGCCUGUUACGCGAAUGCAGUAAGAAGCCACGGUAAGUUGCUGGCUAGCAUUAAACAUAUCUUAUAAAAAACAAUCAAUCAAUCAUAAUCACUGGUUACACAUGGUUGAUGAUAUUUCUAGUUUAUCUAGCGAGUCCUGCGUUGCAUAUAAUCGAUGCGGUGCGCAUUCGCGAAAAAGGACUGCCGUUUCUCCAACAUGUACCUUACCAUAAACAUCAAUGCCUUUCUUAAAAUCAAUACACAGAAGUAUAUAUUUUUUAAACCUGCAUAUUUACCUAAAAGAAUGGUUAGCAGGCAAUAUUAACCAGGUGAAAUUGUCACUUCUCUUGCGUUCAUUGCACGCAGGGUCAGGGUAAAUGUAACAGUUUGGGCCGCCUUGCUCAUUGCUAAUUUGCCAGAAUUGUACGUAAUUAUGACAUAACACUGAAGGUUGUGCAAUGUAACAGCAAUAUUUAGACUUAGGGAUGCCAUCCUUUAGAAAAAAUACGGAACGGUUCCGUAUUUCACUGAAAGAAUAAACGUUUUGUUUUCGAAAUUAUCGUUUCCGGAUUCUACCAUAUUAAUGACCUAAGGCUCGUAUUUCUGUGUGUUAUUAUGUUAUGAUUAAGUCUAUGAUUUGAUAGAGCAGUCUGACUGAGUGAUGGUAGGCACCAGCAGGCUCGUAAGCAUUCAUUCAAACAGCACUUUCUUGUGUUUUGCCAGCAGCUCUUCUUUGUUUAUGACUUCAAGUCUAUCAACUCCCGAGAUUAGGCUGGUGUAACCGAUGUGAAGUGGCUAGCUAGU